UUUAAAAGUCCAUUCAACGAAAUGAGGUGUUGGUUGACUGAUAACAUGGUUAUUUGCUCGCGCCAAAAUCUUUAUUCUAUUUAGAAAUGAUUUUAACCGCGCGUUUCAAGUUUAUUUUGUUACUUGUUUUGUUUAAAAAUAAAAAUGUUGUGUAAAAUGAAUCAAACCAACCGCAAUUUAUGAAAGACAGAAGCCAGAAUGGACGUAUUCGAAUGUUCCGACUGUGGUAAAAAGUUACGAAGCAGAGAUGGAAUAAUCAAUCAUUUAAAGAAAUGCGGCGAAGCAGUAGUGAAUUCUGUGAAGAAAAGAUACUCUUGCACACACUGCUACAAAGAGUUUUUCUCUCAGUGGGGACUUUCAAAACAUUUGAAAAAAAACCACGAAAAAGUGGAGCAGGUGCCGAAAAAAAUAACGAAGUCGCUGAAAUGCAAUUAUUGCCCUGCUAUGUUCUCUUCUAAACAAGGUCGUAUUAAUCACGCAAAAAAAAACCACCCUGAAUAUACUAUCAAGAGAACUGAAUUGAUAACCAGAAAGAAACACGACUGUGUUUUUUGUGGCAAAACUUUUGCAAGUAAACACUACAGAGUUCGGCAUGAAGAUUCCUGUGUGAAGGAAAUUGCAAAUGUUGCCCGAAGUAAUAAUACUACUUCCAUAAAUUCGACUGGAGAAAGCUGUAGUAAUGAUGAAAUAUCCUUUCUUCAACAAGAGCUAUCAGCACCAGAUAACGUUCCAAAUACACAGGAAAAUACGAAUACCAUGCCUUUUCAAUUGCAAGGUACCAGCUAUCCGCUAGAAACGCCGCAGUUCGGCAGUAAUGCUGAAAAUUCGCCACGUUACACUUCAAGUGGUAAUAUUACUAUGACGCCAAAACUGCGACGUUAUAUUAGAGAUCGGAAAAAAUUCCUAAAACUUCGUACACCAGAUAUAAAUUCACCACGUAAAGCGAGGCUUAAUUUGGAGUAUGGACAGAAAACUGUUCUUCAGCACCGAAAAGAAAUCGCAACACUUCAACAACAAGUUCGCAGACUACAGAAACAAGUGAAAACGUUUAAAGAUCUUCUUCAACAUCUAGAAAAAGAAAAUAAAAUUUCGUCUACAGUUGCUGAUAAAUUUUUAGUAAGUGUCGAGGAAAUAUAUGUUUAUUGAGCAUAGCAGUGAGCUGUACACUGCUUUCGUUUUUAGGUUUUCAUUAUUUAUUUUACGGAUAAUUAUGAACUUAACGGAUACUUAUUAACUUUUACGGAUAAUUAGAUAUAUUUUUAUUGUUAUGCUGUUUGAGAUGAACUUGUGAUAAGACUAUGUAUGGUGAUGUUUGACAUACUGACACUUGUGUGAUCCUAGUGAUCCCUAAUGUUGAAAUAGUGCAUUUUUAUUUAUUUUCUGUCAACUAGUUUGCCAUUACGUUAGCUUAAAUUAAUCUACUUACCUGAGAUGAACUUGUGAUAAGACUAUGUAUGGUGAUGUUUGACAUACUGACACUUGUCUGAUCCUAGUGAUCCCUAAUGUUGAAAUAGUGCAUUUUUAUUUAUUUUCUGUCAACUAGUUUGCCAUUACGUUAGCUUAAAUUAAUCUACUUACCUGAGAUGAACUUGUGAUAAGACUAUGUAUGGUGAUGUUUGACAUACUGACACUUGUCUGAUCCUAGUGAUCCCUAAUGUUGAAAUAGUGCAUUUUUAUUUAUUUUCUGUCAACUAGUUUGCCAUUAUGUUAGCUUAAAUUAAUCGACUUACCUGAAUUGAAAAAAUAAAUUAUUUAAAUUA